GGAUGUGACGUAACUGCUGUGCGACUGGACGCCGUUGGUUUGUUGGGGAAAUUCAAAAAAGAACCGCUAAGAUUCAGGAUUCUGUUUUAGUGACAUUUCGUUCUGUUCAGAAGUCAACAAAACCCCAGAAGUUUCCAUUAUAAAUGUAUCGCAGAUGAAUCCUGGAAUUUGGAACCAGCUCCUUUUCAUUGUAGCUCAUGUAUGUGUCGCCAGCCAAGUGUCCUUUGCUCCAUGAGCUUUAUUACAGGACUCCUGUACAAACAAGCAGAUUGGAUACUCCUGAGUGUGGCAUGGCUGACAGCCGAGCACAUACAAAUAGGCUAAUCAGGAGCUGCACUACAGUGGCGAUGAAUUCCACAGUAAAGGAUCAUCAGAUCGGAGCCGAGUCCAUCGGAGCCAUGAGCUGUGAGCUCAGUACCAUUAACAAUUCUGUGCUGUCUUUCAAACGAGUUACCGACACACCAGCAAAAGUCUUUGCCAGACUAAAAGCCAAAGUUCAACAGCUGAACCCAGUAGAGCACAGAAAAGAGAGUGUCGUACCUGUACAUCCAGAUAGGGGUGUCUCAUUAUCUAAAAAUAUUCUGCAGCCACUAGAUGAUGAUCAUGCCGCAUCAGAAGGACAGGAUACAUAUGUGCUGACACUUUCACCUCCUGAGUCCACAAGCAAACGCUCAGAAGAUACCCAAAUGCCAUCACUUCUUGACAGAGAACCCCAUAAUCCUGUCUUGGGUCACAAACCUGUUAUUGUACUUGAGAAGACGCUCACUGAAACCUUUGCCCAGGUAAAACCGCAGCAAAAUAAAAGUAGAAUGAAUAGCAGGAACAAGUCCACAGCCCAAGAUGCAUAUGUUCUAAUUGAGCGUAUGCCUCAUGACUUGCUUGCUCAGCGAGGGCCUGCAAAGCCAAUUCAGUUAAUGAAUCAUGGCAAAAAUAGAAUUGCAGGUGAUCAUGGGGUAUUUGGUGAGAUGAGUGUAAGGGACGAUUUAGAAGGUGCAGUAUAUGAUGACAGCAAUAGGGAGAAUACACUUCAGGGCUUGGACAAUGCUGCCCAAAGCCAGCCAGUGCCACAGAGACCAGAGAAAAUGUCUAAUGGGCAAUCUGUGUGUUUAGAAGCAGCACCUCGCUCCGUUCCUAAUCCGAUGGAGGAUUCUCUCCUGCAGCAAUCACCCCGAAUCUCCAUCCCCAGGAAGCAAAUGUCAGCUGUUAAGUCCAAACAUCAGAUUAAAGAAAUAGAUAAAGCUCUGGAUGGAAAGACAAGUGUGAACUUGAUUCAUUUACGAGAUUGGAUCUUGAAGCUACACAACAAAGAACUUAUUGUUGAUGGCAUUCGAUUAGACAACAAGAUCCCUUGGCACAGUAGUUGCAUCACUGAGCGAGUUUCAAGUAACAUUGUUAAGACCGCAUCUGGUGGGACUUAUGUUCUUGUUGGAAAGAUGUCACACUACCACAGUUCAUCAUUUCCGCAAUGGUUUAAGAAGAAGUUUCUUUCCGGCUUUCCGGAAAUGUGGAAGGAAUACCUGAAUAAAUUAUUGAUGGAUAAUGAAAGAAGCGGAAAAAAUCGACAGAGGAUCAGUUCUGCACCUACAAAACAGAAAUGCCCCGCCAAACAACUAAAGUCAACCCCUGUUGGCUCCUCAGGCAGUGUGCAGCCUCACAGUGCUCCAGUUUCCCGCAGUGGCCGUCUCAUCAAACCUCCUCUGGAGUACUGGAGAGGAGGCAGGAUCACUGUAGGGCCUGAUAUGAAUGUUACGGUCCAUGAGGAUUAUACGUCAACCUCCAUUUUAUUGACGCCGAAAACAAGACCAGUUGUAAUUUUAAAGCCUCUAAAAUUGCCUACAGAUCUGCCCAUGUACAAAUCUCCUGAAAUGAAAGACAGCAGUGAUGAAGAUACUUUGGCACCAAGGAGACGCGUUAAACAGCAUAAAUCUUGGAGGACUGUUGGAACCAAAUCCAGUGGAAAUGCUUCACAGAAGUCAUCUCAUGAUGCAGUUUUCAAUUCUGACUCUGGAUCUGAAAAAGCCACAGCCAAGCAGCCUUCUCCUCCGAAAGCACAGUCUGAGCAAAUGUACCUAAGGAAGGGAAGGUCAUAUUCAAGAGAGAGAACCUCUAAUGGCUCAGAGUCUGAGGUGACCAAGUUUGUUGCUUCAGCUGAAGUUGGUUUUUCUGCAGUCCAGGCACCUUUGGGAAAAAUUAAAACACGGCUUAACCAGAAGAAUCUGCAGAAAGUAAUUCCUAGUGAGAAGCUCUCCACUUCAAGUUCAGACUCCAACACCAGUUCCUCUCAAUCUCAAAUUCGGAAUAUUGCAGAUCAAGUAUUUUCACCUCCAGACUCUACAAAAAGAUUCAGAAGAAAAGGCUCGAAGCAUGAAAGCAAACUAGUUCCUCCAGCUGCAACCAUGUCCGAAACAGAGGACGAUACCUUGCUGCGUAGAGAAAUCGAAGUGACCAAAACAAGGAAUACACAGAGACAAAAGAAGGCUCCAAAGAAAAAUGAGAAUUAUGAGAUGGUUGAUGCUGGUCAAGAAAGUCCACAUUCUGAACAGAAAAGAGAAGAUAAAAACAACAGUUUAAAGUCUACUCUGAAGAGGAUGCAACAAAAGCAAAAUUCAGGCGUUUCAGAAAGGACAAAGAAUGGACAUAUCCGCCAAGUUGAUAAACAUACUGAGCAAUCUGAAAAGACAGAUAAUCUUCAGCCUUCUGUGCCAGGUAAUACUGGCAAGAAACCAGAGCCAUCAGUAAGCAGUAAAACAAGCAGAAGAAACAACAAGGAGCAAACUGCAAAGCACCCUUCAAUGGAAAUAGAUGCGAUAGAUGGAGCAUGGACCGAUCAAGAGCUGCAGAAACUUAAUGAGGCUGUGAACUCCUUGCCCAAGAACAAGCGUGGUUACUGGGUAAAUGUCUCACUGGUAGUUGGCACUCGUUCAGCUGAGGAAUGCCAGAAACAGUACACCACACUGUACCAAAAUCACAGACGAUCCAAAGAGAAACGUAAGGCAAAGACAGUUAAAACGAAUGAACCAGCAAAAGAAACAGCUCCUAUUACCGCUAAGGUAGGAACGCUUAAGAGGAAGAAACAGAUGUGGGAAUUUUUGGAUCAUAGGCCCAAAGAUGACCAUGAUGAUGUCUUUGCCGGCUCACCAAUGCGCAAUAAGCAAAUCAAGCAGUUGCCUGUAUGGUCAACAAAUGGAGAUGAGCCAGAUUUUGGCCAUCUACAAAAUCCACAAACCCCCAGCUCAAGCAUGUUUUCUUCAGUAAAAACACCUCAGUGUUUGCACAUUACUCCCGGGAUGCUGCGCUCCGUCAACAGGGACAACAAUGAUAAGUAUAUUUACCACCUACAGAAGGUAAAAAGGCAAGACAAAAAUAGCAGAAAAAGCAGCCCUAAGCAGGACAAGUUCACAUCUGUUCUGUCAGAAAGGAAAAACAAGAAGAGAUGUGUUGCUGAAGAUGAUAACUUUGUUGUUUGGAACAUGCUCUCUGACAAGGAUGGUCCGUCACUGAGAGAAGAAGAGGAAGAAGAGGAGGAUGAUUAUUUUAUGGAUGAAUACUGAAUGACAUGAAAAUUGUCUGUAAUUACUAGACUUUAUUAGCUUGGCAUUGUCUGUUUUGCAGGACAGUGUUUUGAUCAUUUUAAAGGAGUUAUUUUAUGUAUCUUCUUAUGCACCAAGACAAAGUUUCCUAUUUGUCUUAAGUGAUUAAUGCAUCUGUCAAAAUCCCACGUAAAUAAUUCUAUCACGUAAUGUGGCAGUUUAACCCUUUUACAGUUUUUUGAAUAUUUAGAAAUGUUUAAGGUUUAGCAAAAAUUUAAUUUUGUUAACCUAUCACUCUAAGGGUUAUGGUUUAUUUUUGUAAUUGUGAAUAGAGCUUUUAAAAUGUACAGUUAUAAACAAAGUCGUCUCUGCUACGAAUAAUUGUCUUUUAAUUUUUGCUUCAUUUCGUGCUGCUUUGGAUUUUUUUCUCAUUCAAACCUUCGAAUUCCGGCAGAACUCCAUUACAGUGUUUUUUUCUGGAAGUUUCUUUCUUUUCUUUU